AUGAGUCACUACUCUUUUUUCUUGUUGGUGCUUCUUCUUGCAUAUGUUUCUUCCUCCAAUUCAAUUUUAAAUAAAGUUGUUGAAGUAGAUAUUAUUUGCAAAGAAUCCUCCGACUCAUUAUAUUGUACGAAUAUUCUCAACUCAAAACCUGGAGGUGCGAAAGGUGUAAGUCUUAUUGAUCUCACAGAUUACAUAAUGGAUUCUCUUAUUGCAAAUUCAACCAACACUAAUAGAUUAAUAACAAAAUUGAUUUAUCAAAUUGAUAAUAUUACUGAAAUAAACUAUUAUCUUCAAUGUAAAUCAAAUUUUGUCAGUGCUUAUGGUGUCCCUGUUAAGCUUAUACAUGCAUCAAUGGAUUUGACGAACAUGCAGUAUCCAUCCAUGGUAAAAAACAUAGACGAUGUUAUGGAAUACAUUCUUCAAUGUAUUGAUAGUCUUCAUCAACAUAAAACCAGUGCUUUACUCGCAAGAGUUGUUGAUGAUUAUCGACAGAGUGUACAAGUGCUUCAAAUUAUGGCAAAAUAUUUAAUUCAUGGAUAA